AUGGCUGCCAUGGAGCACGCCUUGCACUGGAGGCACCACCGGCCGACGCACACCAUGGACGUGUACCGCUCUCCACACCCGGGGCACUUGGCCGGGCACUGGAACACCUGCCGCCCCGGCGCGGCCGGAGGCUUCUUUUCCGUCGGCGGCUUCGUCUGCCAUGGCGUGUUGAGCCACGCGGGGCAGCGGGCGCACCUCAUGCCGUCCCGCCGCUCCCGGCGCCCGACCAUGCCGCGGAACUCGCAGCCUGAAGGCGCCCUCGGCGGCGGCGCAGUGGGUCUUGUCCGGGUGGACGAGGAGCGACAGCCGUCGGAACUGCUUCUUGACGGCGUCCUGCGUGGCGGCGGCGUCGGCGCCGGGGCCUAUGCCGAGGACUGCGCGCCAGCCGCCGGGGCCGCCGCGCUCGGCGGCGUGGACGUGGACCUCACACUCGACGGAGGAGAUAGAGUGCGCUUUGUCCGGAGACGGAGGCGUAGGUGCCGGCUCGAGUGCCGGCUCUGGCGUCGCCGGAGGUGGAGGCGGAGGCGGGUGCAGGGUGGAGGUGGAGGUGGAGGUGGAGGCGGAGGCGGGGGCAGGGGCGGGGGUGGGGGCGGACGCGGACGUGGAGGUGCCGACGCCAGCUCCUGCUCUGGCGUCACCGUUGGCGAAGGAUUGUGCUUCUCUCGUCGUCUCCGUCGAUUACUAAAGCUGAAGUCUGAUGCCACCUCUGACAGUGAUGCAUUCAGAGAUAUUGAGAACCACGAACUGUUAGAUGCAUACCUGCCAAUUGAAAAUCAUAUAGGCGAAGAUCCAGGACAAGGAGGGCAUCCCCCAGACCAGCAGCGCCUCAUCUUUGCAGGCAAGCAGCUGGAGGAUGGCCGCACCCUUGCGGACUACAACAUCCAGAAGGAGAGCACUCUACACCUGGUGCUCCGCCUGAGGGGUGGGAUACAGAUCUUCGUGAAGACCCUCACCGGCAAGACCAUUACCCUCGAGGUGGAGUCCUCGGACACCAUCGACAACGUCAAGGCCAAGAUCCAGGACAAGGAGGGCAUCUCCCCGGACCAGCAGCGCCUCAUCUUUGCCGGCAAGCAGCUGGAGGAUGGCCACACCCUUGCUGACUACAACAUCCAGAAGGAGAGCACUCUGCACCUGGUGCUCCGCCUGAGGGGUGGGAUGCAGAUCUUCCUGAAGACCCUCACUGGCAAGACCAUCACACUGGAGCUGGAGGAUGGCCGCACCCUUGUGGACUACAACAUCCAGAAGGAGAGCACCCUCCAUCUGGUGCUCCGCCUGAGGGAUGGUAUGCAGAUAUUUGUCAAGACCCUCACUGGCAAGACCAUCACCCUGGAGGUGGAGUCCUCAGACACCAUCGACAACGUCAAGGCCAAGAUUCAGGACAAGGAGGGCAUUCCCCCGGACCAGCAGCGCCUCAUCUUCGCCGGCAAGCAGCUGGAGGAUGGCCGUACCCUUGCUGACUACAACAUCCAGAAGGAGUCCACUCUCCACCUGGUGCUGCGUCUCCGUGGUGGCCAGUAA